CUUAUUGUAUUACUGGUGUUUGGCGUGAUUGUGUUGGUGCAUUAUUAGACUUUAGUUACUUGCUUCAUUGGUUAAAAUUUACUAAAUAGGCUAUGCUAAAUUAGGCUCUUAUUUCUAUAGUUUUACUUAAAAGUUUCUUUUAUUUUUCCUCUAAUUAAUGUUUUUAUAUUAUUAAUCUUUUCAGGUAUCACAGACUUUUUAUUUAUAAUUUCAUUUGUUAUGAUUUUGGAGACUGAGAAGAUACAAUGGAACAAAUAUCAAAAAUCUUAAAUCACUUUCCAUUGCUAAUUCCCAGCACAGAUUUUAAAUUGUGGUCUGGAAGUAUAUUUUUUAAGGAUGAAGAAAUUCCAAUCUCGAUUUCAACGCCAUAUUUCCCUUUUCUCAAUGGGUUUAGUAUCAUGUGCCCAGCUGACCUGGAGAACGAUAUUCAACAAUCUUGUAGCAGUUAUGAAGUAGAUAGAGAGAAUGAUGGACUUGGCCACUUUCUUGAAUACUUACAAAGCAAAGAGGCACUUGAGGAGCAGACAAGAAGAUCUACAAAGCUGGACUACUGUCUAUAUCAGCAGAUACUGAAGGAGCUGCAGGAGUUGGGCAGCGAACAUGUGGUAAAGUGCCGAGGAGACUUGCGCAGUUUGGUGCUGCGGACAAUAGAUGUGCGAGGUGUAGAGCACCAGCUAGGUAUUGGAAUACCGAGAGACUACCCAUCCAGCCGGCCCACCAUAGACGAUAUAGACAUGCCUGAAGUGGCAUUGCAAGAUCUCAGUAAGGGAGAAACAAUCACAGACGUGUUCAAUGUCUUCCAAACUCUGGUGAACUCUUUUCAAGACUUCUGGGAAGCAUAUGACAGUCUCAAGAGCUGUACAUGGCUUAUUGACCCAGAACAUCCGAGUUUAAAGGAUACACACUGCAGGAUUAUAAUUGGUGAGAAUGUAUCAAUGUUGGUAACAUUGAACCCGCAAGAUGUAAAUACUUGUCCAGACAUCAAAUUCCUGGGUCCAGAAAAUUCUACCAUCCCGUACAUAAACUCCAUGGAAAAGAGGCUUAAAGCGGUCGGGUGGAACGAAGAUGUGAGUGUGGUAGACAACCUGCUCUCUCUGCUUGGUCUUCAGCAGUUUCCUCAGCCAGACUUUGAAAACAAAGUGGUGGUGGAGCAGGGUGAAUGUUCCAUUUGCUUUACACUGCGCCUUGAUGACCAAACUUUGCCUAGUAAAGUGUGCAACAAUGUCAAGUGUAACUCUUACUUUCACAUCACCUGUCUGGCUCAGUGGUUCCAAGCAGUUCCAACUAAUGAAACAAGCUUCAACCUCAUAUCUGGGGACUGCCCUUGCUGUGGUGAAAGAAUCCUAUGCCCAAUCAAAAUGAGCUGAAGAGUUGAGACAAGCAGGAAUCCACAGAAAGUCUUAAAUUACAUUUAACUGUUAUAAUUUAGUGUAAAUACAAUGUGAUAUGUAAUAAAUAUUUUAUAUUGUAAUAAAGAGGGUGAAUGAAGGGAGUUUACACACACACACACACACGCACACACACACACACACACACCUUAUGCAGUUAAAUGUAUCUCCUAGUCUAUAACAUUUAUUAUUUGCUUCAAAAUCAUUUACUUGUUGCACUACCCACCAUCACUUGUGAAUGCGACUAGAAAUUUCAAGUUUUUACUUAGUUUUGUAUUUUAUAGAAUAAACAAACGAGCAGUAUAAGGCGUGUUAUAUUAAAUAGUAUACCAUGUCAUAGAAAGUUGCUUUCUGAUGUAACAACGUCAGCAACACAAUUAUUGUUCUGACGCUAUUGUCAACAUCACAGUACUGAUUAUGCUUCUUUAGUUGCAAAAACACAUGGUAGUCACUUGGCACUAGAUUGGGACUCUUUGAAGGGUGAUAAAAUUGUUCAUAUCCAAAUGUUAUGAUACUAUUUUUAGUUUGUUUUGUCGCAUGUGUAAAAAUAUGUAUUGUCAUUUAGCAAAACAAUCCUUUUUUCUUGAUAGUUUAAACAUUAGUAUAAGGGUGUUUAGGAGUAACUUUGGUAAUGUCAACUUUAAUGAAGUAUUCAAUAAAUGUUAAGUUCAAUUAA